UUUUUUUGAAAGCUGAGUCGCCUCAUAGAACGCUGUUGCCUGCCGCCUCUGCUGUCGUCGUCGGUGGUCGUCUCCCGUCGCCGCCUCGCCGCCACCGCGGCCAUCUGCAUCUUUGCCGCCGUAUUCCGUCUGUUGUCUGAACUCUCGCUUCAGAUCAGAGUGAGGUAAGGGAAACUGAUGGAUUCAGAUGCAUGGCAAAUCAUCCACAUCCCAGGAAAGCCUCCGGUUUCACCUGAUAACCAGCCAACUGUGGGCGUAUAUGCAAGCGUCAUUGAGCCCAAAUCCGCCAAUACUCUUGUGAGGCAUUUAUGCCGGGUUUCGCCUCUUGAAGAUCUCCGUCAUGUUAAACGAAUACGAAAGGAGAUUCUCCCAGAUCGAGGUGAAACUAAGUUAACCGUCAUUUUAUGUCUAGCACCUGAGCAUGAUGAAGGUCAAUCGAACAAUAUGCCACCAGAUGUUCAAGAUCUCGUUAAUUCCUAUCAGUUGAGUCCUUUUUUGGCAAAAGUGUGCAAAUAUGCUGCAUUGUCGAAAAAAGAGUGGGAAGAACAAUGUAAACUGUGGCCAACUUCAUACCAUCCACCAACCUACAAUGUCGAUGGCAUUGGUGGCUUUAGCGACGAGGACUCACAAUCAGUUUGCAAGUUCAUGAGACUUGUAAUUAAUCUUGCAAUAUCUGGGGACAAACCACUAGUAAAUGCUGCAGUAAUGGUCGAUCCUUCAUCUAGGCAAGUAAUAGCAAGUGAAACUGAUCAAGUCCAUCUCUCAUUUGCUCCUCACGACAUUACAAGCCGUGAGACCAGUGAUCGUACGGAGACGUUCUUCUUAGAUGGCACGCUUGGCGAGAAAAAAGGUUCAUGCUCUGCUGUUGCUUGUUUAAAUCCUUGGUGUUGGAGUUUAGAACGGAAUAUUGCCCAAGAAUGUGACCAGUGGCACCCUCUAAGACAUGCUGCUAUAGUCGCAAUCGAAUCUUCUUCUACAAGAGAUAGAAAUCUUUUCCCCAAUCCCGUAGAUGAUCAUGUCCCGAAUCAUUAUGAGCUCUUCAGCAUCGAUUCUCCUUCAAAAAAGCAAAAAACGAGUAUCCAGAGUCCGGACGGGACUCGGUCAAAAAAUGGCAAUAGAGAAAAUGCUCUUGAAGAUACGAUAAUGGAGAGGCCCUACCUUUGCACUGGUUACGACAUUUUCCUCCUUUGGGAGCCUUGUACAAUGUGUGCCAUGGCGCUGGUUCACCAAAGAAUAAAACGGGUUUUCUACGCUUUUCCAAACCCCAAAGCGGGCGGACUCGGGAGUGUACACAGGCUUCAAGGAGAAAAGAGUCUGAACCAUCAUUAUGCAGUAUUCAGAGUUUUGGUACCUGCGGAAGUCCUUGGACCGCAUCAUCAUAUUGCGUCAUCUCCUGAAGGACUACAAAAUAUUUUUUAGCUCAUUUACCGCAGAGUAAUGCCAAAUGCAUGUGUGUAUGCAUAUACACGUAUAUGCAUCAAUUAGUCGAUGAAUUCUCUUGCAGAAGACAGAGUGGCGGUUCCCAUCGCAACCGAGGAGGCCGUCACGUUUUGAAUGUGUACUUCUUUUCGUGAUUUAGUUUCGAUCUGGUUCUUAGGACCGGAUCUAAAUUGAUGACUACCCCUGUUGCGAGUCAGAUUCAAGUACCCAAAAUUUCAAAUCCAAUGUUUAUUUCUGCCAAAAAAAUUCAAAUUGAUUUUUCUGAGAAAAUCGAUUUGGGUAGAGCGCAUUAAUGUACUAUUAUGUGGACUUUUGAAGCUUUUUGUUUUGGAACGAUUUAACAA